UCUCACUUCCUUAGAGUAAUCUUUGGACCUUUAAUUCUUCUGUCUUUCACACCGUUAGUCUCUACCUACCAACACCCGUGGUAACAUUAUGGCUGAGUUUUUAGUGUUUUUCUAUCUUUAGGCUUUAUUUGUAUGAACAUUUUUGAUGGAUUUUGCUGUGUUGUAUCAGUUUAAAAGUUCGUCUUUUCAGGCUUCUUGGUUUGCUAACGUUAGUUUACGUCAGUAAACGUAUGGUUAGCUAACGCUAACUUCGCUAGCUUAAUCGAAUGUAGUAAAAUAUCUCUUAACGGUUUGAUAUACAGUAUUUAUUACCACGGAGUCUGUUUGAAAUAGUGUUAUCCUUAUAGCUAUUUAGGUGUCGUUUGGUAACGCUGAAUCUCGAGCGAGUUUACCUGGGUUGGAAGCUAAACGCUAGCGUUAGCUUUAGCAAUCAACACUCCUGGUUGAUCCCUCGAUUCGUUUCAAACAGCCUGCUUCAUCACUCGCAGUCUAAAAGAUGGACUUUGAUAAUAUAUUAGACCUCGCCUCUCAGAACCAGGGCCUCAGCAGUGUCCAGAAAAGAUACAGUCUACAAACUGGACCACCGAAAAAAGUCCCACGGUCGAGAGGUGUAGAUCCUAGUGCUGUGCAGGCACUUCUGAAGAAGCAAACCAUUGAUCACAAAAAGAAAGAAAUUCAAGUGAAGAAAAGAAGGAUGAACUACUACAGAAGAGGGUUGAAAUGAAGUCGGACCGUAAAGCCCGGGCCAUGGCUUCCAGAACCAAAGACAAUUUCAGAGGCUACAAUGGCGUCCCAGUUGUAGAAUUGCCUAAGAAGAGGAGAACAAAACAAGAAAUGCAGGAAGAAAGAGCAAUGAAUGGCGAAGGAUUUACGAACAACUCCAUUGACCCAGAGGAUGAGGAUAAUUAUGAGUAUGAGCCUUCAGAUUCAGAGUCGGAGCAGGAGCCAGAACCACGGAGACCUGCAAAAACCCCUGGAUUUAGUGCUAGUAGCAGGAGUAGUAGUAGUAGCAAGCAAUCCUCUAAAAAGCCUGCUCCACCUCCCUUGAACUUUGCAGAGUUACUCAAAUUGGCAGAGAAGAAGCAGUUUGAGCCAGUUGAGGUAAAAAAGGUAGUGAAAAAAGAAGAUAGGCUCCGAACAGCUGAAGAGAUAAGGGAGCGGGAGCUGGAGCGCAAGGUUAAGAGAAUGGACAGAGACUCAAAGACUGAGAGAGACAGAGACAGCAGGUCUCAAUCUAGCUCUAGUUCAAUGAGGAAAAACACUUCUGAGAAGGAGCAGAAGAAUGGUAAACCCCAAAAUAACUCCUCAGUGAAGCCAAGUUUGCCCAGUGGCUCAGCGAAGAAAUUGCAUCCAACAUCUUCUAGUGAUAAAGGCCACUCUUCUUCUAGGCCCUCUGUUAAUGACAGAGACAGAGAUCGAUCCAAGAUGUCUAACAGUGACAGAGAUCGUUCCAAGAUGUCUAACAGUGACAGAGAUCGUUCCAAGAUGUCUAACAGUGACAGAGACCAAUCCAAGAUGUCUAACAGUGACAGAGAUCGAUCCAAGAUGUCUAACAGUGAUAGAGACCAAUCCAAGGCAGCCUCAUCAAGUGCUUCUGGUGCCACAAACAGUAAAGUUCCUUCAAAAGGCUCAUCAUCUCAGGUUUCAGCCAAACAAGGGGGGCUCAAGCCCUCAUCCAGCCACAAAUCAAGUGCCUCAAGUGACCUUAUCCCCAAAAAAGAAAGCUCAUCAAGACCCUCAGGCAUUCCUGGGACCAGGGCUCCUGGUCCAUCUACAUCAGGCCAAAGAUCUCAACAGGGGAGCUCCCAACAGAACAGGCCCAGUCAGGGUGUGAAGCAAGGACCUUCAGCCGGAGGAAACAAGUCUGGAAAGGGAGAACCUCUGAGGCCUGGAACUAAUUCUGCUGGAAAGUCAAGUGGUAAUUCAGGGAUGAGACCUUCUUCGGGGGGCCCUCCUAAGGCAGGGGGCCAGCCCCAGUCAAGGCCUGGAGGCACAUUCCAUGCAAAAGCUCUUGGUGUCCCACAGGCCAGGCCUGGUGGGAGUGGCCCAAAUGGUCCCCCUAGAGGAGGUGGACCCCGACCGCCAGGGACGGGGCCUGCUCGGCCUGGCAGUGGAGGACCAGUAUCUGGACGGCCCUCGGGCAGCGUUGGAUCUGGUCCUGGAAAAUCCACGUGCACUGUGGUGUCCGAGACCAUUUCAUCCAAGAAUUUUGGUGGGCCCAAACCAGGAGUCCCUCCUCAACCAGGCAUGCAGCAGAGACCAGGCAUGCAGCAGAGACCCGGCAUGCAGCAGAGACCCGGCAUGCAGCAGGGACCCGGGAUGCAGCAGAGACCCGGGAUGCAGCAGAGACCCGGGAUGCAGCAGAGACCCGGGAUGCAGCAGAGACCAGGCAUCCAGCAGAGACCAGGGAUGCAACAGGGACCCGGGAUGCAACAGAGACCAGGCAUGCAACAGAGACCCGGGGUGAACAGACCACCAGUCCCAAGGUUACCGCCAAUCACCUCUGCAUACAAGAGGAAAUACGAGGAUGACGAGGACGAGUAUGACUCAGAAAUGGAGGAUUUUAUUGACGAGGGAGAAGAACAACAAGACAUCUCCAGGCAUAUUAGGGAAAUCUUUGGAUAUGAUAAAAACAAAUACAAGGCGGACGAGAGUGACUAUGCACUUAAAUUCAUGGAAAGCAGCUGGAAAGAUAUGCAGAAAGAGGAGGCCAGGACCCUGCGAAUGGCCGUGAGGGAAGAUCAGGAGGAGGAGGACAGAGAACUACAAGAGCUGAAAAGGCAAACUGCCAAGAGGAAAAAAAACUGAAGCCCCUAUUUUCGUUGAGAUUAAUGAAAAACUAAAAAGCUGUGUCCCGUGAGAGGUCUGCCAUGAGGCCCAGUGACUGUGCCCACCUCGGCCUCUGUGGGACAAAAACUGUGGAACGACACGUGGCAUUGGCCCAGAGAAAAAGAGAAGACUGUUAGUCAAAGACAAAAUAUGCACAAAUCAUUCGGGCAUUACCCUGUGACAAAGAUCUCUUAUUUUCCCUGUUUUAUUAUUUAUUGCCCCCACUGAGUGACGGGUUUACAUGGUCAACAGUCUCACAUUUCUUAAAAGGAACUGAGAACUAUAAAUAUGGAAGAGUGUGAUAUUUUGUAGACAAACAAUGACAUACAGGUGUUGAUAAAAUGCUAUUUUCAGCAGAAAUUGUUGCAUACUUUUCCAAAACAAAUGAUUGUAAAGUAAUUACAAUAUGCAGAAACACACUUUACCACUUGAUGUGUUGCGUGUUUCUCUUUUAAAGGGAGUUUAGAGAAAUGAUUGCUUUAAAUGUCUCGCUUUAUGUUAAUGUUUUCUCGACAAUCCUAGUAAUAUAUACAGAACUUGGGUACCACUACAAGUGUCAUUUGUAGAAAAUGGUAUGAAUUUAGGUUAAAGCAAUGAAAUAUUAUUUUGCCAUUGUGUGGAAAUUUGUUUUUUUAAUAUAUGACAUUUGUUAAAUUAAAUGUCUUAUUUUUC